UCAUAAACAUCUCCGUAGUGCCAAACGUAACAACAGCCUAGAACGAUCGCCAUCGUGGCGAGACCCGUGUCCGGUACCGUAUAGUAACUGUCGUGGGCGAGCGAGCUUGCAGUAUCCGUUUACCUUAGCAUCCGAGCAUUGCGGAUGUGCUGGGUUGCGCCCGAGAAGGUGUGAAAUCUGAUCAGAUCAUCUGGUGUGGUUGCUCAAAGGAGCUAGCUGAUCAUCAGCGAAAAGAAGAGUGAAAAGUGUUGUUCUCGCACUGCUGCUGCUGAGGAUCACGUUGGCGGAAAAGCAAACAGACUGAAGUGAUAAUAGGGUGGCAUUACGUUGCGUAACCGAUAAGUAACUAACGGACGGACUGAAAGUGAAAUUUAACGGAAUUAGGGAAAAUAAUCAGCUGGAAAAUGAAACUUGCCGCAUUGAUAUUAGUUGCCCUGGUGGCAGCCUCACAAGCUGAAGAAUUCAACGGAUAUUUCUACCCAAAGCCCAGCUGCGACUUUGGAGUCCCUCAAACAGUGUACGUUACUCGAACACAAACCGACUAUCAAACUCGUACCGAAACUGUACCAGGAGGAAUUCAAUACGACGAGCAAACAAUUACCGAAGCUGUGUACAUUACCUCGUCCUAUACUCAAACUGUUCCGGUCUAUCAAACCGUAACUAGAACUAACACUUUCACUGUCACAGCCCCUCCUCCACCUCCACGAGUGCAAUACAGCACCAUCACUCUUCCACCGGUUGUCUCUACCUAUACUUCGACCUACAUUCAAGCUACUCCUGUUUAUCAGACCAUUCGAGAUGUUAGUACCGUCACUCUGCCACCCCAAAUCCUCCCGCCACAGACCUACUAUGACACCGUGACGCUACCGGCAGCUACCAGAACCUCAACCGUCUACCGCACUAAUACCGUUCCAGUGGUACAAACUGUCCGUGAUGUCGUCACUGUAGUUGCUCCUCCUGUAACUCUCCCACCACAAGUCAUCUACUCCACUGUCCAAUUGCCUCCUCAAUACCUCACCUCCACUCAGUACAUCACAUCAACCAGACCGGUAGUCCAGACCAUCCGUGAGACCAUCACCCGUCCUCCAGUCACUCUUCCGGGACAGACCUACUAUAACACAAUCACCCAACCCCCAGUUACCGUUGUUUCCACCGUUGUGAAUACCGUCCCUACCCCCGUCUACCGAACCAUUACCAACACCCAAACCGUCACGCUCCCUCCACCACCACCACAAUACCAAACGAUCUACUCCACUGUAACCCUCCCCGGACAAGACCAAACCAUAACUAACUACCGCACGACCACCCUUCGGGACGUCCAAUACCUCACCCGAACGAUAACAAGCACCGCUCCUGCAGUGCAAUAUGACGCGCAAACCAUCUAUUCCACCGUGACACUCCCGGCUGUCACCAAGACCUUCUGUGGACCGGAAAAUACCUACCUUCCAGCGGCGGACGACAACAACAUCGGCAGGAGCUACAGCGGAUUCGGAGGCUUCAACCGACAGUACAACAGUUUCUUCUGAAAUCAGUUCUAGUGAUAUAGGAUGUGGUGUUAAUAAAAUACUCAAAGAGUACUGCCAGUAGACCAGAAAGAAAAUUCUGAAUGUAAAUACAUGAGGAACGUUUGGUGAUUCGAAAUUGCAGACGAACUAUAAUAGUAUACGAAUGAAUAAACGAAUUGUGCGAAAUUCAAAA